UUUGUUGUCAUUUAUUUGACCUAGAUGUAAGCUUGUGUUAUUUUAAACAUGUAAAUAAACGUUGGACCCAAUAAAAAUUGAAGUGCUUUGAUAACGGAAAUUGUGUCAAGAACUAAAACAGUUUAAUAGUACGAUUUCGUUUACAUACAUUCUUUUGUUUACCUUUUUGAUUAUUACAAAGCAUCAACUUUAAAGCCAGCUCAUUACUGAAUCUGAUAACCACAGGAUCCUUUCCUGACCUUAUAAAGACUGCUCUAACGAAUAAGCAAAAUGUGACCUGCGUUUUGUCUACUCUAAGGACUUAACUAGCUAUCAUUCACUAUGGGUGACAGAUAAUGGCUUUAACAGAAGAGAGAGCAGCAUGUUUAUUUUGGUCUGGAACAAUUUGCGCUUUCUUAUUCACCAUACUGUAUUCAUCGUUGUGCAUUCUUAAAAUAGGUAUUGUUAGUUCAGAAACAUGUGCGUUCUUAGAGAUAUCGACGGUAGCGUCAGUGCUAGCCUUUAUCAUUGGAAUGGCUUAUUACUGCUACAAACAAAAGGUUGGACUGUCUGAUUCCAAUGAUAUUUACACACAUUGGACUAUAUCAAGACGACAUCAUAUCACACAUAAACCAAGAGAUACUGAGGUCAUGACACCCACUCCUGAUGAGGAUGUGCCACAUGAUUUUGAGUGUUCUAUAUGUAGCGAAGGGAAAGAUGAGUUUCUUAUUAUUCAGCUUAAAUGCUCACACUAUUUUCACAAAUUAUGUAUACAACAGUGGUUUAAGGCAGACCAUCAGAUGAGUUGUCCUUUAUGUAGAACUUCUCAAUUAAGAAGAGAGCGAUUAGUGGUGCUAACUAUCAUACCAGCACUACAGCCUCCUGUUGCGUCACAAGUAUAAAACAGUUAUCAUUGAUGUUGCGGGUGAAUUGAAAAGGGUGCACAAACAGAUUUUGGAUGUAUCUGUUUUAUAUAUCAGUGCAUGUUGAUGGUCAAGUCGGUCAUCGUCGACGUAGUCAAUAUUAUGUCUUUCGCAAUUUUUUUUAUAUGCAAUACAUUUUAUAGUUGUAUCUAAGAUACGUUUAUGUUUUUUGUAUAUAGAUGUCAUUUACUGUUAUUAAUUAUUAUUAUUAU